AUUUUCAACAUGGCGUCGCUUUAUUCGUGCGCUGCGAACAUCGUGGAUAAAGUUAUCAAGAAACAGGGCACAGCAAAAUCCUUGGCCAUCAACAGUCCAUUCCCUAGAAAGAAGAAACUUUAUGCUCUAGUGUGUGAAACGUUGAAGUGUAAGUGUGAUGUUAUAUAGUGAUGGGGUGCAGGCAGAUAUAUAAAAUAUCUCCCCCACCGCCGGAUCCAUAGCGCCAGACCACUGGGAAACACAUGAGGUCUUGGAGUGUAUGCUUGAUUGAAAAGAUGCUUGCCUCACAAACGAGAUUAGUGUGAAAUACGUUGUUUAGGCGUGAACUCCUCAGAACAUCCAAAUACUUUUACCAUAUUUCCCGUUGCUGUUGUUGUGAACAGUAAAUUGUAAAUAGAGUGAUGAAUGAAUUUUUUUCCUCUGCAUCAAUGUCUCCCACAUUAUGGGCUUAAUUUUAGAAAACCUCCAUUAAAUGGUUAACCUCUAUGAAGUGGUGACCUGGCUAAUUCCCGAGGGUGACCUGGCUUAAUAGAGGUUUGACUGUAUUUCAUUCAAAAACACACUAAUUGUCUUAAUCUGAAAGGUGACAAUUUUCAUUUACUAAUUUUUAAUUCUCUAGAUAAAGGAAUUCUUGAAGAAAUAUUCAAAGAAACAAAGCUAUUAAAACUUGAAAAAAAGGUGAGACUGCAUGACCACCUAAAAUGCAAAAAUUUAGUGAUUAGUUUAUUUUAAUAUGGGAUGCAAUUGCCUACAAGAACUAAACCACAGGGAGUCUCCUCCUAUAGCCUGUGAGUGCCAAACCAGGGGCAUAGCCAGCCCAUAGAGUGUAGGCCCGGCCCUACAAUUUUUCUGGUUUUAUCACUCUGCCACUUGUAAAAUAUUAUGUGUUGUGUGGGUCAGCUAAAAAAAAAAAAUGAGCUUAACUUUUUUCCCCCUGGUCCAAAAUCAGCAACAUUUACCUUGUUCAAAUGAAAAAAUCAUGUAUCAGCAUGUAUUUACAGCAGUAUGGAAAGCUAUACCUCUUUUGGAACAGGGUUCAUAUAGGUCAUGGAAAACCUGGAAAGUGUUGAAUUUAAGCAUUUCAUUUUCCAGGCCUGGAAAGUCAUGGAAUUUAAUUGUUGGUCUUGGAAGGUCGUGGAAAAUUAAAGUUUUGUUUGAUAGAUAAGUUACUGAAUCUGUUGAACUGUUGAAGGUCCAAAUAUACCCUGAAACAAGGAAAGUUUUUAAAAUUUUUCAAAGUGACAGCUAAACCUAAGGUCUUACAAAAACUUUAAAAAAGUCAUGGAAAGUCAUGGUAUAUGGAUCAUAUACCUUUAAGCAUUUUGUUUCACAUGCCAAGAUGAGGCAUGUGAAACAAAAGCUGAAAAAGGCUUCUGCUUUUAAAAGCUAUUAAAGCGUUGAACCACUCCAGGCAUGUUAAGAUGUUGAAACCAUGAUGAAGGUCCUUUAAAUGUUUUCAAUUGUAUUGUUUCAAGCAUUACUAGGCAGAUCUCUAUAAAAAUGUAUUGUUAUAGUAGAUGUACAAUUUUCUUCUCUCCUUAGCUAAAACAUACCUAUGCCUUGGUGCUGGUCUAUGAUUUCCUGUUUGGGCAAGGAAUUCAAGGUGGUGGAGAAUUCAAACAGUGUAUCUUAAAAAACAAGUCUGUAUUGCAGUCAUGUUUGGCUCGUAUGAAAGUUCGCGCCAAAGUCCACAGAAAUGAGGACCUUUUACCCAAGAAGGCUCAUGAAGCAGGUUAGAAUUUGAAUGCCUAAAGGAGGGGUAGUGUAGUAGCUCUAAUGAUUUCACUAAUAUAAAGUUUCUGAACAUUUUGCUGCUAUUGUUGUGUUAUUGUCAAGGCUGUCCUCCAAGGAAAGUUCAAGGGGGCCCAUGCAGUGCUCUGAACUUGUAAAAUCAUGAGGAUCCGCAAGACUUAGAGACCGGCGAAGUCGGUCAUCUGAAAUGACCGAUUGCGCAAUGUAAAACAAAAGACGUGUUGACAACUCAUAGAAUACGAUCCUCUCUAAAUCAUCACGACUGAAUGUUUCAUUUUAUUUACAACUCAUCGUUUGACAACUUAACCAAAUUAAUUAGAAAUUUGAUUCAUUGCACUCAAUGGAAACACAGAAAAAAACUCGUGGGACCUUUCAAAGCAAGCCGCGACAAACGGCGAGUAAAACGCGUGAACAAUUUGGCGUGUGAGCUGCAAAUGCCGAGUUAAAAACUAUUUUUCUUGUGAGUGAAAUAUUUGGCUAAAAGCGAGGAAAACUAAAUGCACGCGCCGUAACAAUUAUUCGAAACCAAAUCUUACAUAGAAUUCUUUAGUCAGUUUUGCGAAGGUUAACGCAUAAAAUUUAAUAGUACAAUAUUUAUUUUGCCAACGGAAGGCCUCGUUGCUUGAACGACUAUAAACUGCGAGCAGUCUAUUAUUUUCCUUUACAAAGCCGCGAACUGCUAAAUGCGGGCGUCUCGACCUUCACUGAUUUCACUGAAAAGCUUUGGCCGAGAACGGAAAGCGCGGGCAUGGAAAGUCUCUGGCACCCAGGGUAAAUUCUCUAUUCUAAAGUUGUUGUUUACAAUCUCGCUAGCUGGAAUAAGAACUAAACAGAUUUUAAGAGAAAAGGCGGGCUGCAAACAGUCUAGAAAGACUUUCUUAAAUGUUUGAAAUAAACACGACUUAAAAACUCGUAAUGUUGUGAGACGUGACCUUAGAGUUUGCUUGAACAACAGGGGUUUUCCUUCUUUCCCUCGUCGCGUUGGUCACCAAUGCCGCACAUCGAGCGUUCUAAAAUUGUAUUUUUCCGCCGCACUGAGACUUACAUUUAGCGGUCAUAAAAAUGGUCUAUGCAAAAAAGGGGCCUGCAAGCAGUCUAGAAAAAAUCUCUUAAUUGUUUGAAAUAAACACGACUUAUAAACUAGUAAUAAUGUGAGACGUGACCUUAGAGGUCCUUAGAGUUUGCUUGAACAACAGGGGUUUUCUUUUUGUCGCGCGUUGGUCACUAUGCCGCGCGUGGAGCGUUCUAAACUUUCUACUGAGCGAAUCUUAUUUUUUUCCGCGACAUACAUUUCGAGGUCAAGAAGAUGGUCCAUGUACAUUGGGUAAUUAUUUUCUAAAAAUAAAGAUUUUAGUUUCUUUUGUAUUUUCUCAAGAUCAUUUUAGACGCUGAUGCAGUCCAUUAAGUUUUUCUUGGAACAAGUGAGUCUUUGAACUGGAGCGCCACUUUUUCUGUAGGUAUUAAAGUAUUAUGCCUGCCAAGAUUGCUUAAUAUUAGAUUUCAAAAGUUUCUACAUUUUUAAAUCUUUAUGAUAUGAGUUUUCAUAUCAGCGAAAAGCUUUUUUAGACACAUAAACGUAUAAAGUUUAUGGUGCCUCCGUUGUUUUUUUUUGCUCUUCAAGGGCUAUUGCUUGAACAAAGCCUUCUGGAGCAUCUAAAGGUUGGUAGUUGUUAAAAUGAUAAUACUAGGUUAAUAAAUACAUGUUUCAAUACUAAGGAAAACUAUUCACUUGUUCAUUCCCCUGCAGUUUAAGGCAAAACGCAAUAGAAUCCAGCCAUAUCCUAAAAUGCACAGAAAAAGAUACAAAACUCAACAGAAAGGACAAAUAGAAUAGCAUAGAGUUCAUGCCAUUAUCAAUAACAACCCUUUAUGAUCCAGUGUAACUGCAAACAACAAUAUUUUCUAAAUGACCGAUUGUCAGUAAGAGAAGUAAAAUGUCAAAAACCCAUUCCCAAAACCUACUCACUUAAGAUGACCAUUAGAUAAGUUUACAGGUGAAUUAAAAAUGUGAUGAAUUUCUAACUCACAGAAACACGGGCGACACACUUAGUGUUCUGUUGCAUUUCACAAUUUGCACUUAAGGAGUCGCAGAUCAUCAUGGCAUUAUCAAAAACCUACUCACUCAAGAUGACUAUUAGAUAAGUUUGCAGGUGAAUUAAUAAUGCCAUGAAUUUCAUACUCACAGAAACACGGGCGACACACCUAGUGUUCUGUUGCAUUUCACAAUUUGCACUUAGGAGUCGCAGAACAUCAUGGCAUUAUUAAAAACCUACUCACUCAAGAUGACUAUUAGAUAAGUUUGCAGGUGAAUUAAUAAUGCCAUGAAUUUCUAACUCACAGAAGCACGGGCGACACACCUAGUGUUCUGUUGCAUUUCACAAUUUGCACUUAGGAGUCGCAGAACAUCAUGGCAUUAUUAAAAACCUACUCACUCAAGAUGACUAUUAGAUAAGUUUGCAGGUGAAUUAAUAAUGCCAUGAAUUUCUAACUCACAGAAGCACGGGUGACACACCUAGUGUUCUGUUGCGUUUCACAAUUUGCACUUAGGAGUCGCAGAUCAUCAUGGCAUUAUCAAAAACCUACUCACUCAAGAUGACUAUUAGAUAAGUUUGCAGGUGAAUUAAUAAUGCCAUGAAUUUCUAACUCACAGAAACACGGGCGACACACCUAGUGUUCUGUUGCAUUUCACAAUUUGCACUUAGGAGUCGCAGAACAUCAUGGCAUUAUCAAAAACCUACUCACUCAAGAUGACUAUUAGAUAAGUUUGCAGGUGAAUUAAUAAUGCCAUUAAUUUCUAACUCACAGAAGCACGGGCGACACACCUAGUGUUCUGUUGCAUUUCACAAUUUGCACUUAGGAGUCGCAGAUCAUCAUGGCAUUAUCAAAAACCUACUCACUCAAGAUGACUAUUAGAUAAGUUUGCAGGUGAAUUAAUAAUGCCAUGAAUUUCUAACUUACAGAAACACGGGCGACACACCUAGUGUUCUGUUGCAUUUCACAAUUUGCACUUAGGAGUCACAGAUCAUCAUGGCAUUAUCAAAAACCUACUCACUCAAGAUGACUAUUAGAUAAGUUUGCAGGUGAAUUCAUAAUGCCAUGAAUUUCUAACUCACAGAAGCAAGGGCGACACACCUAGUGUUCUGUUGCAUUUCACAAUUUGCACUUAGGAGUCGCAGAUCAUCAUGGCAUUAUCAAAAACCUACUCACUCAAGAUGACUAUUAGAUAAGUUUGCAGGUGAAUUAAUAAUGCCAUGAAUUUCUAACUCACAGAAACACAGGCGACACACCUAGUGUUCUGUUGCAUUUCACAAUUUGCGCUUAGGAGUCGCAGAACAUCAUGGCAGUAUGAAACACCCACUCUUGAAUACAUACAGAUCGAUGAAAAAGAAGAAUUUCUUCUUAAAGUUAAAUGUUGCCCUUUAAACAAACAUAACACAUUGUAGUGUUUUCUGUCAAAAAAAUUUCACUUUUCUUUAAGACCUCUGUAUGCCUAAUCACAUUUGCAAAACAGUUUAUGAGAUCAGCCUUUAUGAAAAAAAAAAACAUUAUUAGCCAUUGAAAAGUGACAGGAAUUGAAGUGAAAGGAGAAAAAAAUGAAUUUAAGUAAGGGAGAAACAAUGGGCUUCAAAAAUUAUGUCCCACAAUAAUUACAAGAAAAUGAUAUUUCAACAAACAAUAAACCGGUUAACUGACCUCAUUUCUCACAAUUUGCUAUGCAAGUUGGUAUACUGACUUUGUUAUUUAAUAAAAGCGAGUCAUACCCAUUGUUACUUGGUUGUUUCCUGAGUGAAGGAUGUGUACAGAGAUUUUGGAUUGGCGGGCUAUUUUGGGGAAUUGGCGGGCUAUUCGAUUUUGUCGCCAAUGGACAGAACCCUUGAAUCAAAAUGAACUGAUCCAGUCCACCACCUCUUGAAAUCCGUUACUAGAAACAUGAUUUAGCUAAGGGACUUGUGGCGAAUGAUAUCGAGCGACAGCGGACCAAAAAGCCCCCUCCAUCGACGGCACGGAGAACCAACUCAUACAAGCAAGAACGCCAUCUUGUCAGACUGCUUAAAUUCCUCGCUAAAACUCUUGACUGAAUCGGAGGAGCCGAACAUGCAUAGCUUUCCAUUACAUAGGCUGGAAUUCAAAGCAAUGAUACCAAGUCUUUUCGGCAUCCAGCGAAGUUGAAAAAAAACCGGCGUAAUAGAAUAGACGAGGAUCGUCACACAUGUACACCGCCAUCACUCGUGGCUCUCACUCUCAGGAAUCUUCUGACAAAGUAUCGUGGCAGAUCUAGCGCGAUAUACCAAAAGCAUACCAUAUAAAGUAAAAUCCAAUUAAUUCCAUUGUAGGAUGGGUUAUACUUUUACUUGCACAAUCCUUUUUUCGACUUGCUGAUUUGUUUCUUUGUUUUGACAUUACGACGCAUAAAUAAAGACUGCAGGCAACCGCAUGCCUAAAAAGCGGCUCAAUAUUUACACUCGACUCCGUGUCGUCGCUACAGAUCGGCUAUCGUGAGAUAGCACCGGCCAGUCGCAAUAGGCAAAAUCUUGUUUAGCCUUGAAGCACUUCAGUUUGAAAGGGAAAAUAUAUUUUUGAAAAGACAAUUCGUUCUUCCGCUUUAUUUCCUGAUCAUUGCUGUUCGCGCGUCCUGGCGCCUGGAUUCCUCGUGCUGAAAUCUGGCAAAAAAUUAUCUAGAACGCAACUUGAAGGUUUUGCAAGGCAUACACUUUACUAUAAGCAAAAUUGUUUUAAGUUUGCUUUAUUUUAAUUUUUAUAAUGGAUAGCGUUGUAUUUUCAUCUGGUUUUUACUAUCUUGAACGCGUUCUGAGCUUUCAAAAGGAUUACUACUGUAGUGGCAUAUGACAGGGUUGACACCUUAUCGGAUUACGUUUUUUGGCCAGAAAUUAACGUGCUAAUUAAAUUCCCACAGCAGGAAAUUCUCUUGUCACCUUUUGAAAACAAAGCGUCCGUAGCAACUAAGAAAUCAUGCUGAUCGCAAAAAAAAGUCGCUUGCGGAUCCUCAUGCUGGUUGACCAGCAUUAUGAUUUGUAUGAUUGUCAAGUUGCGUGGGGGCUAAAGUUAGGCACUACAAGCCACUGGGCUUUGGUAGAGCACAGCCUUGAUUAUUCUGAUUAUUAGUUUGUCAAAAUAAUAUUAGUAACUGUUUUGUUUUUUAUAGUGAAAGUGCACUUAUCGUUUCUAGCUACCACCAGUUGCGAAAAUACAUGUUGAGACACUGUACCUUAUUUUGGCCUAUUGGUCUUUCCAUAAUCCUGUUUUUGUGAUCCACCUUAUAGUUAGUACUACAGUUCUAAGGCAGAGAUAGAAUUGGCUCUUUUGUGACUCUUGGACUUUACAAAUGUAUCCCUGCCAAUAUCACAUAUUAAUGUCCUUCUCCCAGUACAUAUAGCAGUUAAUAUUUUUGGAAGAGGCUGAGUGAUAAAAAGCAAUCUGGAGAUUGAGAGGGCUAUAACACCCUCUGAAAAAACCCAAGAGGCAGGAGGCAACAAAUUUGCUUUUUACAAGCGUAACUGAUGAUUCAAACCAAGGACAAAAUCAUUACAGUAAAUUAUUUUGCAGAAAAUUUAUUCAGUAAGGAGGCAAUAAUUUAUACUUUUUGCAACACCAAGAAAUGACGAAACACCCCUAACUAGUGAUCUAAUAAAUAUUUUGUUGCUUCAGGUUCUAUUCCACGUUACAUCAGAAUCAACAGGAUUAAGACAACAGUAGAGGAAGUAAUCAAACAUUUUAAACAAAAUGAUUACCAGCAGGUUCAGUUAGAGGGAGUUGAAGCAUACAUUCAAAAGGUUAAUACGUUUUUUGGUGUUAUUUGCAAGCAGUAAUGGCAGAUCCUAACAAUAGUUAACCCUAUAUGUAACAAGUAAACGAAAAAUUCUAUAAAAUAAACAGUGUAUCGAUCAUUGAAGCCAACAUCAACACUUACUUUUCACUCAGGGAAAAAUGUGAACUUAGGGGAGGGGUAGGUGGGCAGUUUCCCAGAAACAUAUAAUGAUCCCAGUGUAUUAUAAGAAUGUGUCUUGCUGUGUAUUUCCAAGGGAUUUGACUACCACUUAAUGAGAAGAUGGUACCAUAAUCUGGGAUAAAGCAAAGUGCUCUUUAUUCUUUUUUGCAUUUUCUGUCCCUAGAGCAAGGAGUCAACUUCUAGUAAACAGUUCAUGUGUGAUGUACAUCUGCCGGACGUUCUCAUUUUCCCUCCUGGAACAGAUCUCCAUAACCAUCCUCUUUACGUCAGUGGACUUAUCCUUCUUCAAGACAAGGUGAGAAGUGGAUUAGCACUUUUAUACCCUGCGAGUGUGUCCAAGCUGAGAAGGAUAUAGUAAAAUUUAUUGCCUUGCCUUUCAUAAUCUCAAAUUUGGUCAUUUCACGUCAUUGUUGUGAAUUGACAGGGAAGAAAUUGAUAGAUACAUGUGGCACAUGUAUUACAUUCACAGUUGAAUCAUUUGAUAAUUUUUUUUCAACUUCUUUUUUUUUUGCUUGUUGUUAUUACAAUUCAGGCCAGCUGUCUCCCAGCACAUGUUCUAGACCCACCUGCUGGAUCUCAUGUCAUUGAUGCUUGUGCAGCUCCUGGCAACAAAAGCAGUCAUUUAGCCAGCUUAAUGAACAAUCAAGGGUAAGUCACUAUAAUAAUUACAGCAGAAGCCAUUUAAAAGGCGAGGCCUUUCCAGCUCAUGAUCACAUGACCAAUCUCAUGCUAAAGAUUACAUGUAUGGGAUAUAUCCCCCUGGCAGAAUAUCAGAGAUCGAAACAGGAUGAGGAAAAUGGUGGAUUUACCAUCUCUCUAGGUUUUAAUUAAUUUAACUCUUAAAAGUGCAAUUUGAUGAUGGUUUGAAAAGCAGAGAAAUACUACAAUGAAAAAUAUCCAGUAAUGGAAAAAUCGCUGUAUCACAUGCCUUGUAGUCUUUGGUUUAUACUUACAAACCCUUAUAAUUAAUUUUUGCAGGCAUUCCAACACUCUCCAGAAUCUUACUCAGUAGUCUUUUGUGUCAGUUACCUCAAUGAAGUUGCAUUAACAAUGCAUAGUUAAGGUGGCCAUAAGGCGGGUUCUACUGUAUCCAUCUUCUACUGGAAUUUAAUCACCUAAGAUAGCGAGGGUUGUCCAAUACUGCGAAAAAUUUAUGCAUGGUAUGGUAUUGUAUUGGCUUCACAUUACCAUAUUGUACAAAAGCAUAACAAUAAAGAACGAAGCAAGACAAUGAGAAAUUUAACAAAGCCAUGCAUAAAUUUGUCAGAGUGUUGGACAAGUAUGAAGAUAGCCUCGAAUGUGGGAAAGGAGUGCGUGACAAAGCCCUUAAAACAUAUGCUGGGUGGCUACACCCAAGAUUGCAUACUGAAGGGCAUUUGGUUGCGCUGGUCAAAUUUCUAAGGAAUCCACAAAUAAUCGGCGUCAAAAUUUGUUUUGACACUUUGCCUUGAAGAGUCUCUCUGACAUUUUGCCUUCCCUCUCCCACUUCCUUCAUGCAAUGUGACUGUUGUCCCGCUUUUCGAGCUACCUAUAGAGAACAACAAACACCCCAACUUUGAAUGGAGGCGAGGGGGGAGGGGUGUGUAUUGUUUUGCUCUUCAAAGUUACGCCAUUGGAGUACAAUUAUUGUCUCAACAAUUUAGUUGCUGAUUGCAGCGAAAUGUUCAAGGAUGUACUUGGCCUCUUGCGUGAAUAUUCAGCGAUUCAAUUAAUCUGCAAAGAAAUUGCACCCCAAGCUAACUUGCAGCUUGAUUGUACAUGUAUUAAGGAAAUGAAACAUUGUGCUACAAAUGUAUUUAACAUAUUCCUUUCCUUUUUUUUUGUUUUGGACAGCAAUAUAUUUUCAUUUGACACCGACAGAAAGAGGCUGGCAGUGAUGCAAAGGCUGAUGAAGCUAGCUGGUGCUAGCUGCGUUACAACAUCAAACUGUAGUUUUUUAGAGGUUGGUAUCACAGAAAAGUCUUCUGCAUAAGUAAAAACCUUGAUUUCCAGCUCCCGUGGCUUAAAAACAAGCACUACUGUAAGUAAGCAUACCUCAGGAUCUAUGAUGGGAGAAGGGUCAUUGUUGUAAAGAUCAUAAAUCAUCAUCAUCAUCAUCAUCAUCAUCAUCAUCAUCAUCAUCAUUAUCCUCGUUAAAUGGCUAAAUUCAUUUUAAAAAAAACGCCAUUAUUUUUGGUUUCUUACUAGGUAGAUCCUGUAGAUGAGAAGUAUAGCAAGGUAGAGUACAUUGUUGUGGAUCCCUCAUGUAGCGGGUCCGGUAUUGUUAGCAGACUGGACAACCUUGUUGAUGAGGAACAAGCCACUGAAGGCGAAAUGGUGAGACUGGCCGCUGGGGCCUGACCAAUAAGAAAUUUUCUAAAGGCGGACAGAAACAAUAACUGAGUAUGAAUGCCCAACUGCAUUUAAAACAUCCAAACUUUAAUCUAGAUUGUCAAAGCUGAGCGUUUUAAGAGAAUAGGGAAGUCAAUGGUGGGCCCUUAAAAAUCGUUCAAACAGGAGAGCUUGAUGUGAGUUGGAUCGUGGGGACGCAGCCUGUCUCUCUCAAGUUUACAAUUUUUCAAAAGUGUGCGCUUCCCCAUUUCUAUGUCUUUGUGAGCGAAAGAGGACAGUCAAAUUUAUUGACUGUACUACAGUUUUUUUUUUUUUUUGAGCUCUUGCGCUAUGAUUUUAACAGACAUUUAACGUUGCUGCUUUUAAACCAAGUGUACUGAUCAGUUGGUAACCGGUCAUUUCGCUGUGCUUACUUAGCCCCCUAUUUUCCAUUCAUUUAGCGCGCUUCAAAUGUAAUGUUCUUCGUUGUAUAAGCCAGAGAGCCAAACAAGGUCGCUUGAAAUGUAAUAUUCCUCGUUCUUUAAUUCAUAAACCAAAACACGCACGCUUCAAAUAUAAUAUUCCUCGUUUUAGAAAAGGGAGCUAAGUAACCGGGGUGAAAUGACCUGGGGUGAUCAGUUUCUGGGGAGCCAAACACUUUGAUCCAGUCAUUUCGCCCCAUUUAAGGUAAUCCAAGACAGUCUAGGAUUCUGGAUUCCACGCCGUGGAUUCCGGAUUCCAGGUACUGAAUUCUGGAUUCUUUGCCAGUGUAAUCGUUAGUGGGAUUCCGAAUUCUUUGAGCUGUAGUCUGGAUUCCAAAGCUUGGGAUUCCGGAUUUCUUAAGCAACAAUUCUCCGGAUUCCGGAAUCCGAAUUCCCUUACGUGAGGUGUUGUGAACUAUUCGCUUGUUGAGUGAGUUUCCUGUUUCUUUGAGAGACUAAGCUUACUUUUCGUUCUGUUUGCAGAAUAGACUUGAAUCACUUGCCAAGUUUCAGUUGUCAGUAUUGAAUCACGCCCUGUCAUUUCCUUUUGUAAAGAGGGUGGUGUACUCCACUUGUUCUGUUCAUCAAAAGGUAUGGCUACAACACCUGCUGUUAAACCUACUACGCUGACUACCACAUUCAGUAAUCUGCAACUAUUUCUCAAGUGCGGAGCACCACGUCAGACGAGAUGACCCACGACCACGAAGCGAGUGGUUGUUUUUGCAUUUGCAAAAAUAAUGUAAUAAAAGCUUGACCUGGCUUGAUUGUAAUAGGCAUAGCUCUGUAACGUUUCGGGUGAGGGGCGGAGGGAGGAGGCGAUUUUGGUAUGUAGUACGCGAGCUCGCUGGGGACCAACACUAAACUUUAUAUUAAAAAGGGGGGAGGGAGACACAAACGACAGAAAAUACCGUACGGGUUGCGUUUUAUGAGAUCGGCGAUAGUGUUGUUCAAGUAAUGGUCUUUUUUUUCUGUUCAAGGAAAACGAGGAUGUUGUCGAAGCAGCUUUGAGAAGAAAUUGUGACAGAUUCACUCUGGAGCACUGUUUGCCCUCUUGGAUACACAGAGGAUUACCUGUCUUCCCAGGGGGUAGGCAUAUCAUAUCGCUCUUUGUGCCUUUGGAGUCGACCAUAGUCAUCCUGACAGUAUCUCGCAACAGUCACCUAGAUAUAAUCUUGGGUGGUCAUUCGACACUUGUCACAUAAUGACCUAAGUGUAAUAAUUACGCUAUAGAAUAGAAUAGAGAAUGCAAAUCUGGAUACCGUAAAUGUAACAGAUCUGGAGAUAUUUACUAAUCUGGAAAAAUCUCCUCCUUUUCCCAAGAGUUUUUUUUAGCAAAAACUCUUGGGAAGAGCCUGUUUCAUGGACAAAAUGCCUGCUCCAGCUAUGGUCUGGCCGGUCAUAUCUGACUUUUGGAAAGCGCCCUAUAGACUUUAUCGGCUUUCUCACACUUGUAAUAACCUUGUAUCGAGUAAGAAUCACGCACAAAUGAUCGAAAUCUGACUUUUUUUUUUUACUUUUUUACAGCGGAGAAAUGCAUUCGCGCUUCGCCAAGUGUAGAUUAUACCAAUGGAUUUUUUGUGGCACUCUUCGCGAGGAAAGACAUAAAGAAGGAACAAAAAGUUUCUGCGGAUUGUAGUGCCGUUUUAACGAGCAGAAAGCGAAAACAUACAGACGAUGGUGUCGUUGAGAAAUUUACGGCACCAUCAUCAAGUCUAAAUGGAGAGGAUUCUUUGAUAUCACCAGCAAUUGUUAAAACUGGGUCAAGGAAUGUUGAUUUUCCACCGAGAAAGAAACGACGUAAAAGAAAAAAGAACCAGAAGCGACAAGCAGAGACACAAAACAUGCAAAUCAUGCCUUCUGUGGGAAAACUUAAAGGCGGAAUAACUAGCAUCGAUAAGAAAAGAAACCGCAAGAAAAAGAGAAAGAAUAAGAAAGUGCCAGUUUGCCUAUCAUAAUUAUUUUGUCUGUCUUUACUACUUACAUGCU